CCAAAGGCGGUGAUGGCGAGUGAAAGUGAUUUAUCUCAGUGGAAGGAUGAUAAACCUAUUUUUACUUCUCCUGCGAAAUGGAAAAAUAAAAGUUCCGCACUUUAUACUACUUGGGAUUGGGUACCCUCUAAUGGGUACCCAGUUAUGCCAUCUUCAAACGGUGGUGAGCAUAACCAGAUUUCGGGGAGUCCAUUAACCACCGUAAAGACAUCAAAUGACGGAGAAGGUCAUGAUGUGUCUCAAAGUGAACCACAAUUAUCCGCACCGGAAAUACAACCUCAACAGGAAGAAGUUGUACUUCCUGUUUUGGAGGAAAAUAGUAAAGCAGAUAGUUUGGCGUCUCCUAAAAGCCAACACCAAGGAGAUAAAGCUGCGGAAAGUGGUUUAUCGUCAGGUGUUUCAGGCUCACCAAACAAAGAGAACUCCUCCGUAGAAACACAGUCACCUUUAAUCACUACUACACGCACACACUCACCUGAAGGUGAUCAUUCUACCAGAAGCAGUCCAAAGGGUGAGUCUGACAAUGCCACAGGUAACAUUAAUAACAAUGAUGUUCUUAUUUCGCAGCAUCCUUCUGCAGAAACAGAGAGUACUACACCUGGCGACCACAAUACCUCCCAGAACUCAUCUCAUGCAGCUCUUGACACGAAUAUCAAAGAAGGUUCACAAGAAACAAAUUCAACUAUUCCGGCCAGCACUACGAACACUGUCAGUGAAGCAACAACCACAACAUCAAUUCCUUCAGUACCCAAUUCGGAGAUUAAGACUAUUGCUUCCACUGUGCAGAACAAGCCCAUUGUUGACAGCAGUGUCAGUCCUGUGUGGAUACGCACUGCUGCACCGCUGCUGAUUGUGGCUGUGUUGGUCUCCGUUACCGUGUACUGA